GAGAGGUAAAGACAAGAGUCCAGGAGGGGAGGCUGGUGUCCAUGAUGCGCUGAGCUGUGUCUACAACGCUCAUCGACAGUCUCUUGUGUCAUCAAUGCACACAGUCUGUUUCCCAGGGUUGGAGAAUCAAGAACUGGAGGGCAUGGGUAUAAGUUGAGAGGGAAGAGAUUUAAUAGGAACUUGAGGGGCAACUUUUUUACCCAGAGGAUAAGAUUUCUUUAUUGGUCACAUAUACAUCGAAACACACGGUGAAAUGCAGCUUUUGCGUAGAGUGUUCUGGGGGCAGCCCGCAAGUGUUGCCGCACUUCCUGCGCCAACGUAGGCAUGCCCACAACUUCCUAACCCGUACAUCUUUGGAAUGUGGGAGGAAACCGGAGCACCCGGAGGAAACCCACGCAGACACGGGAAGACUGUACAAACUCCUCACAGACGGUGGCCGGAAUUGAACCCGGGUCGCUGGCGCUGUAGAGCGUUACGCUAACCGUAUAUGGAAUGAGCUGCUGGAGGAAGUGGUUGAGGCAGUACUGCUUAUCUGGUCACCCAACUUUGCCAUGCAAUAUCCUGAAGUUCAAGUCCACCACCAUCAUGCUGGACUGUGGGUUGGACAUGACAUCGGCCCUCCACUUCCUGCCUUUGCCACUUGUCCACAGCCCAAGACUUUCUAAGCUACCAGGCUGGAUUUCGAAAGAUGGAAACGCCAUGUUAGAAAAGGAGCUAAAAGAUUGUGCUGGGCGGGUAUUCGUUGACUCUGUACCAGAAUUCUGCCUACCCGAGACGGAGUUGUUAGAUUUGUCCACUGUAGAUGUGAUCCUGAUAUCAAAUUAUCACUGCAUGAUGGCUUUGCCCUACAUCACAGAACACACUGGCUUCACCGGGACAGUAUAUUCUACAGAACCCACAAUGCAGAUUGGAAGACUACUCAUGGAAGAGCUGGUUAGCUUUAUGGAGCGUGUGCCAAAGCCACAGUCUGCCACCUUCUGGAAGAACCAGGAAAUGUUCAGGCACUUACCUGCUCCUCUAAAAGAUGCAGUGGAGGUUUUAACUUGGAAACGUUGUUAUACAAUGCCAGAAGUCAACUUGGCUCUAAGUAAAGUGCAACUUGUAGGGUACUCUCAGAAAAUAGAACUCUUUGGUGCAGUACAGAUCACUCCACUCAGCUCAGGUUACUGUCUGGGAAGCUCUAAUUGGAUCAUCCAGUCGCACUAUGAGAAGGUAGCCUACGUCUCAGGGUCCUCGUUACUCACGACUCAUCCACAGCCCAUGGAGCAAACUUCUUUGAAAAAUAGCGAUGUCCUCAUCCUGACUGGACUGACUCAGAUCCCUACUGCUAACCCUGAUGGCAUGUUGGGAGAAUUCUGCAGUAACUUAGCUGUGACCAUUCGGAGUGGUGGGAAUGUCCUGGUUCCGUGCUAUCCUUCCGGUGUAAUAUACGACUUGCUGGAAUGUCUCUACCAGUACAUCGAUUCAGCUGGGCUCUCCAGCGUCCCGUUCUACUUCAUCUCUCCUGUCGCUAACAGCUCGCUGGAGUUCUCCCAGAUCUUUGCAGAGUGGCUUUGUCACAACAAGCAGUCCAAAGUCUACCUGCCAGAGCCACCAUUUCCACAUGCAGAGCUGAUUCAGACCAAUAAAUUGAAGCACUACCCCAGCAUCCAUGGGGAGUUCAGCAAUGACUUCAAGCAGCCCUGUGUGGUGUUCACAGGCCACCCUUCCCUGCGAUUUGGAGACGUCGUCCACUUUCUGGAGCUGUGGGGCAAAUCUAGCCUCAACACCAUCAUUUUCACAGAACCAGAUUUCUCUUACUUGGAUGCUUUGGCACCAUACCAGCCACUCUCAAUGAAAUGUGUCUACUGUCCAAUCGACACACGGUUAAACUUUAUCCAAGUUUCGAAAUUAUUGAAGGAGGUGCAGCCGUUGCAUGUUGUAUGUCCAGAGCAGUAUACUCAACCUCCUCCGGCCCAAUCCCAUCGUACUGACCUGAUGAUUGACUGCCAGCCUUCACCAAUGGCCUACCGGAGGAGUGAAGUACUCACCCUCCCCUUCAAACGGCGCUAUGAGAAGAUUGAGCUCAUGCCUGAUCUUGCAGAAUCUCUUGUCCCUUCUGAGAUCAAACCUGGCAUCUCUAUGGCAACUGUAUCUGCAGUACUGCAGACCAAAGACAACAAGCACAUACUCCGGUCACUUCCAAAACCAGUGCAACAGCCAACCGGCAAGAGAAGGAAACGGAUAAAUGACGAAAUCCCUGAAUUCAAACCUCCCAAACCAUUGCUGUGUGGUUCGAUCACCAUUGAACAAUUCGUACAGAGCCUAGAGAAGCACGGCAUUACUGAUGUCAAGGUUGAGGACACACCAGAAGGACACAUUGUUCACCUUCAGUCUGAAGACACACUGAUUCAAAUUGAAGAAGACUCGACGCACAUCAUCUGUGACAACAACGAGCCGCUUCGCACCAAACUCCGAGACUUAGUCCUCAAAUUUCUGCAGAAGUUAUGAGCGACGUUCUGACCUUUCUGUGACUUAUUUUAGGGGCUUUGGAUUUGGGGCUCAUCAACAGGAGCACUGUACAACUCAUCAUUAGCGGCUGAUGUGUGCGCCGUUGGGAAUCCUAGCUUCUAGCCCCUCAAGCCUGAUCCACCCAUUCAAUUAGAUAAUGACUUUUCCAUAUAUAACUCUUUUUACUGUCUUGGGACAGGCUGCGUGAUACCCUUGACCAGAAAAAUGCUGUCAGUCUCCAUGUUGACUUUCUCCUGCCACCAGCCCCAUCCCCUUCCAGUUUCAACAGAUUUAUGUGUGGAAGUGUUCUGAUACACAGUUCAAUUUGUCUAAAGAAAUUCUUCCUGACUUCAUCCCUGAAUGAACUGGCACUAAUUUUGCCGUGCCUCUUGUACAAGGAACUAACUUGUUUUGCUCUCUCUCACUUACUCUCCCCUAUCAAAUCCUUCAGUUGUAUCAAACACCUCAAUCAGGCCCCUCUUCUGUUAGGUGGCAGACACAAAUGGACAACAGAAUACCUCAAGAGUGAAGCUUGAGAGGUUUAAAAGCUUAAUUGCAACGGGAUAAUAUGUGGGACUCCCCGCCUGAGAACAUUUUAGAUCAUACAUUCAGGUGAUGGGAGUUAUUCCGUCAAUGUGUGCGAUGGACAGCAGUUAGAACAUAGAACACUACAGCACAGGAACAGGCCCUUCGGCCCACCAUGUCCAUGCCGACCAUUGACACUCAUCCCAUUUACCAGCACUGGUCUGUAUCUAUGCCUGGUCCAUAGCUCUCUAUGCCUAUGACUCUUUCUCCCUGUGUUCCCAUCAACUCCCCCAGAACUCUACCACUCACUGACAAGCUAGGGGCAAUUGCAGUGGCCAGUUAACCUACCAACCUGCAGCUCUUUAUGUGGAGGAACCGGAGGACUUGACGGAAACCCAUAGGGGUCACAGGGCAUAGUGCAAACUCCACACAGACAGCACCAGAGGUCAGGUUUGACCCAAGUUACUGGAGCCAUGAGGCAGCAGCUCUCCUAGCUGUGCCAUUGUGCUGCCUUUAAAUCUUUCCUGAAGUAUGGCGCCCAGAACUGAACACAACUGUGGCAGGACCAGUGUUUUAUAAAGGUCUAUCAUAACGUCCGUGCUCUUGCACUGUUAUUCCUCUGCAUAUAAGGCUCAGAAUCCCGAAUAAUCUUCUCACCACUUUCGUAAACUGUUCUGCCACUCUCCAAACAAACUAUCCACGUGUACGGCCCAGUUAUUCUGCCCCUUUUAGAACUAGUUUAGAUCUCUAGUUUAGAUUGCCUGUUCCAAUUCUUCCUGUCAAAAACGUAACGUUUCUCAAAAUUAAGUUCUAUCUGUCACCCAUUCCAUCAUGUCCUGGGAUUACACCACCAGCUUCCUCGCAGUUCACUAUAUUUCCAAGUUUUGUGUUAUCUGCAAGUGUGGAAAUUGUGACCUAUCCACCCUUGUCUGAGUUAUUAAUAUAUUCAGAAAAGCAUCCGACCUGAUAGUCCUGACCCAUGAGGAAUAUUGUACAUUUCACUCUAGGUGGCGGGGGGUGGGGAGGGAAACAGUUGCCACUACUAUCUGUUUUCUAUUACUUAACCAGUUUUCUGUUUUUACUGAUAAAGCUCCUUUAUUUCCAUGGUCAUCAAUCUUGAAGACAAUCCCAUCGCAUGGUACCUGAUUGAACACAUUUUAAGAAGUCCACAUGUACAUCACCUGCAUUCCCCUCAUUGACCUUGUCUGUCACUUCAUUAAUUGAACUCUGUUUAGUUAGUCAGAAACAAUUUCCCUUUAAGAAAUCCAAAGAGGCUCUGUCUAAUUAAUCCACAUUUCUCAAGUUAGUCACUGACUAUUGUCUCAAAAACUUGCCCCAUCAUCAAAGACGUCUGUUUUUACUGAGUUUCUCCCUACAUUUUUCUUUGAGCAAAGGUGUUACAUUUGCAAUUUGACAGCCCUCAGGCACCACCCUGAAUCUCCAGAUGUUUGGCCUCUGCAAUAGCCUCCCUCACUUUGGCAACUGAGGAUGCAUUCCAUCUGAACCAGGUGACGUAGCCACCUUCAGUGCAGAUGGCCAUUCCAGGACUUCCUCUGUCAAUUUUUAUCCAGAAUAUCAACUACCUCUUCCUUUGCUGAGACUCCACCAACUAUAUUUGAUAAUUCCUUGGGGGAUUUUCAUAUGUUGUUACAAUUGUAUAAAUACUUUUAUGUGUGUAUAUAUUUAUAACUGCACAAUUAGGGUUAAUGAUAGUAGAAAACCUGGAUCAAAACCGGUGAGGGACAAACUUGGUCAAAAACUGUAGGAACAAUCUUUACUCUGGAUAAAUCACUAGAUAGGCAUUAGCUAGAGUAUUAUGGGCACAACCCUUUAGAAAGAAUGUCAGUGCCCUGGAGAGAGUCCAAAAGGGAUUUAUUAGAAAUGCCAACAGAAACAUUGUGGAGAUACUGGAAUUAUUUUUAAAGGUGAGUGAAGGUGAUCUUAUAGUAAGAAAUCUAAGUUAUAUAAGGAAUUAGGGUAAUAUUUGCUUCCACUAGCAGGAGGUUCAGUAUCCCUAUUUAAUACAGUUGACAGAAAUGCAAGGGGUUGGAUAAUUAUGAUUUGUUUUAAACGCAAACUUAUCCAAUGUGCCCUUCUUGAAAGGGCAGCGGCAGUAGAUUGAGUAAUAACUUUCAAUAGGCAAUUGGGGACAUGCAGGAAAAGGAGAAAGUUGCAUGGAAAAAAAGACCUAAGGAAUUGGCACUAUUUAGAUCACUCUUUCAAAGAGCAGACACAUGUACGAUGGACUUUGAUUUAUCAUUCUUUAAUUCAGCCACGUUAACCCACAGCAGAGCCAAAAAUAGAAACUGCUGGGAACACUCAACAAGUCAGGCGGCAUCUGUGGAAAGAGAAACCGUCAACGUUUUGGGUCUGACGAAGGAACGUUAACUGUUUCUCUUUCCACAGAUGUUUCUAGCAUUUUCUGUUAUUGUUUCAGAUGUCCAGCAUCUGCAGUUUUUAAAAAUUUUUUUCAAUCCACAGCAGAGAAUUCCUCCUUUUCUAUCACUGCCAGUUAAUUGGUAACCAGUUCACAAAGAAGUGCAUAAAAAGAUAGUGCUAUCUUGAUUUUCCUUGCCAUAUCAAUGCUGCCUCAUAGUAAAAUGUAAAAGACUGUUCUCUCCUGGAGUAAAAUGUUUCAAGAAUAUGUUUUCAUUAAUAAUGACAAACAAAUUCCAGAGCUCUCUGUGACUUGAAACUAAUUUGUUUUCUGUUCUUCCCCAUUCUGAAAAACAGUUUUCGACCCAAAAUAUUACCUUUCUCUUUCCACUAAUGCUGUCUGACAUGAUGAGUAUUUUUUUAUUUCUUAUAGAAUGUUUGGAUUAAAAUACCAUUUCUGUACAAAGUUUUAUUGUUAAGAGAUGAGAAUCAAGUUUUUAAUGUUUGGAUAUAAAAAGACAUUC